AUGGCAGCCCUCAGUGCGGAAACAGGCCUCAAGCUACUGAAGUCUGGCGAGUACUCUGAUCUCACCAUCACCUGCAACCAAGUGCAGUUCAAGGUCCAUCGAAACAUCGUCUGCUCGCAGCCCCCUGUCAUCAAAGCGGCCUGCAAUGCUAAGGAAUCCCAGUCGCAAUACGGCAUCAGCGAAUAUCCGCCAUCCAUCCUCUGUCGAGUCUUCCAGUUCUUGUACACCAACAAAUACAGUCCUUUCAAACUCCUUGAAUUCAUGAAGAAGUGGGGUGUCCAAGAUGAUGAUAUCUGGGAUCUUCCAAACAUUCGAGUUCACAGUCAAGUUUAUCGAGUUGCAGAUCAUUUGGGCAUAGAGAGCCUAAAGAAGCGUGCAGCUGCAAACUACUCUAGCUUCUUCACGAAAGAUACUGUCUGGUCGAGCGGGCUGGCACGUCCUUUGCAGCUCAUGUACAACUGGAGCAGCCCAAGCGAAUCCGAACUCCGAGACCCUGUCAUGAUAUUCCUCAUUGCGAACCACGAGAAACUGAUCUCUCACCCUGACGUCAGCAACAUUGUGAGGGCUGAGGAUCCCAUCGUCUGGAAAAUCUGCGAGGGCCUGAAGAAAUAUGCUGAGACACCCGCCAAGGAUGGUCAAAAAUCUGCAAUUGAAGUUCGCCAGAAGCCAAAGUUGAAGCGCCUUGCCCAGGGACCUGGCUAUGACGUUCUGGUGUCGGAACUAAUAGGCCGGGACAGUGUAAAAGGAAAGUGA